CAACAACAACAACAACAACAAGAGCAGCAACAACAACAGAAACAACAGAAACGUCAGUCCGCCUCUAAAGCUGCUACUCCCUCCCGCUCUGCCCUGCUGCCUCCUGUGACUGCAACCCCCGGUUCUGCUACCAUGCACCUGCAGAUUCUCACAGCUCAAGUCCUGGCUGACAACUCCACUGCUCCCAAUCAGAGCGGCUCCAAGUUGCCUCCUAUGUUGCCUGCUGUCGGCAAAGGUACCUCAGAAAAGCUUCAAGUUCUGCAGAAUGGUGUCCAGAGACUCGAGUUAAGGUUGGCCCCCACUGUCCAGGAGCUGCAGCAACCGACAGAGGUGGUGGUCAUCCACCCUUACGAGUGCUCAGAGUGCUCCCUUCUCUUCCAGACUCCAGAGGAUUUCCUCCAGCACCAGGGGGAGCACUUCCUGUGCCAGGACAAGGAGAGUGAAGAGUCCGGGGUCAUGGGUGGCUUCGAGGAAGGGCGAGGGAGGGAGGAGGCAACUGAGAAAGUGGAGGACAUGAGAGUUCGAGUAGCAGAGAAGAAAGAAAUGGUGUGGGCCAAGCCUCAAAAAUGUGAGCUCUGCAACCGCACCUUCAAUUCAGUCAACCGACUGGCUGCUCACAAACGUGUGCACGAGCAGGGCACGCAUGAUUGCCCUGAAUGUGGCAAAGUAUUCAAGAAGGUAACAUCGCUGCAGACGCACUUGCGCACACACUCUGGUGUGGCCAGGUACUUGUGUGUAGACUGUGGUAACGGCUACACCACUGAGAUGACUCUGAUCAUGCACAGGAAGUCCCACACUGCAGAUCCCCUUCACAAGUGUCAGUUCUGCAAUAAAACCUUCACCAACAUGACCAAGUACCUCUACCACCGUCGCACUCACCUCAACCGUGAUGCAUAUGGAGCACACGCAGUUGCCUCUAUGGACUCGGCUCCAAGAAGAGCAUCUCUUUCUGCACUUGCCAUCCUGCAGCGAGCAAGAGAAAAGAGGGAUUCCUACACUAACAUGAUGGCACCUCUCACAGAAGAAGAGAUGGAAAAACUGGGAGAUGAUCCAAUACAAAGUUCUCAGGAUCAAGGAAAAGGAGGCGAGGCAGAGAUGGAGGGGGAGGAGGACAGUGCGGAGGUGUCUGUGAUACUUGAUGGUGAAUCCGAUGACAUCCAGCAGGUGGAGGAAGCCACCAACUCUGCUUUAGCAAAAGACCCAGUUCCAGUGAAUGACACUGAUGCAGGUGUCAUGUUGACCUCCACGGUCUCAACAGAGGCUGCAUCAUCAGAGAAGGAGCCAUUUUCAUGUCGUACGUGCAAAGAGACCUUUGCCUCCCAGCUGCUGUUAGUUCAACAUCGACGCAAGUCCCAUGUCACCGAGCGCAGCUUUGUCUGUGGAAUCUGUGGCAAGUCCUUUAAGAAGCAGAUGCACGUGCGCAACCACAUUCGAACACAUACUGGCGAGAGGCCCUUUCAGUGUUCUGACUGCGGCAAAACAUUCUCAUCUCUAGCCAAUUUAUUGAGGCACAACCUCAUACACUCUGGUGUUCGCCCAUACCGCUGUGAUGUCUGCCACCGCACCUUCUCUCAGUCCUCCAACCUCCGUCAGCACAGCUUGUUGCACUCUAACGCUGCAACUCUGUGCUGCCCCGAAUGCCCUGCCACUUUUCGCUGGCCCACCAAGUUAGCAGCACAUCGCUACACGCAGCACCCGGGGUCUCCAGCCCCCUUCUCCUGUCCUCACUGUACUGCUGGCUUCCUGAGCAGGAGGCAACGAGACAACCAUUGUCUGGAGGAGCAUAUGAACCUGGUGCAGGCUGCUACAGGGACAGAAGUGGGCACCAAAGAAAUCAACAACCAAGCUCAGCUGGGCAAAGACCUGACCUCGGAGCCCUCCACCUCCACCACACUAGAGGCGGAGUCAGGAGACUCAACCAGUCUCUUGCGGGGGGGCCUAGAUUGUAACAUUUGUGGGAAGAAGCUCAACUCUCCUGCCAAUCUGCGACUUCACAGACUGAGCCACUUUGCCUUAGGCCCCGGACGAACGCAGUACACCAAGGGGAAGAGACCUAAAGCCCACAAGUGCCCUGUCUGUGGUAAACAGUUUGUGUCUUCCUCCGGAGUUGCACUUCACCUGCGAGUCCACACUGGUGAACGGCCGUUUCCCUGCCAGGUGUGUGGCAAGCGCUUUCGUCAAAACACACACCUGCGAGAGCACCUGCGUACACACUCGGGAGAGCGGCCAUUCCGCUGCGAAGUGUGUGGAAAGGGUUUCAUCCAGAGUAUGCACCUCGCCGAACACCGCCGAACUCACACGGGAGAAAGGCCGCAUGUUUGUCUACUGUGUGGCAAAGCCUUCAAGACCUUCUCCAACCUGAGGAACCACAAGAAGACCCACGCCAGGCAGCAGAAGCUGGAUGAGGAGACUGCCGCUCAAGUUGCCAUGGAGACCAGCUCUGCUGUGACAGUGGUGGAUGCAUCAGCUGUGGAAUUAGCCAACAGGCAGCCUCAGCUCAUCCAGAUCCAAGCCUCAGAUCUUCAGCAGGGCACUCCUACCAUCAUGUGUAAUGAGUUUGGGGAGACCAUCGCCAUCAUUGAGACAAUUGAGGGUGGAGAGCUGCCUCUGGAGCAGGCCUUGGAGAUCUAUCACACAGCUUUAGAGAACGGCCUCGCCAUGGACACGGUCGCUGUGGAUGGACUGCAGCUCCACUGAGGACGAGCACCAGUCAGAAACACUUGAAUUAACUCAUAAAGCUACUGGUGAACCGAUGUGUCCGGUACUUCAUUGCACAGACGUAAACUAAGACCAAUGUUAUACUGUGAGGUUGACAAUUCAAUACUCAGUGUUCAGUUCUGAGUAGUAAUUUACUGGAAGAAUGUUGAAAUGAUAAGAUGCAAAGAUUGAAUUGUUUGGCAAACACACCAAAGUACAUUUACCUCCCUCAAGCUGUUGGAGGGAUCAGUGUUUAAAGGAUGCAUACUGGCAUUCGUUACGAAAAAGGACCAUUGGUUGUGCCUCCUAACGUUUGUAUUAUUAAUUUUAUUUUAUCAUUGAAACGAGAUGGAUGUGAUUUUUCUUUUGUCCAAAAGUUGGAGCAUUUGUCUGAAGUAAUGUAUUCAGUUGUAAAUAAGUGAAAUCAAUAAAUGUUUUUUCCAGAUUGA